ACAGAGGGGAGUCACAGCCAACGCAACAACAUCCAAACACACAAUGGAAAGCUCUUCGCCUUGUUUAGUUGCUUCCAUUUCAUCUUCGACUUGAUUGAUGAAACUUCACACACUCACUGCAGGGUGAGCGUCUCUACUGAGUUACUGAGUGUCUCUCUUCUUUUCAAUGGAAAUGCAAUGUGUUUAUUGGUUGCUGUUUGUCAUCAUCUCAGCACUGCAGAUAGUGAGCACUGGAAAAACUUUUGUCAUGCGUAAUGUUCAUGGGAUUGUGGGUGGACGUGUAAAUAUGCGCUGUGAGCUGGAGCGCCCACACAACAUUUACGGGCUUUAUUUCGAGAAGACACCAGCUGAUGGAAAUGAGGACAACGUCAUCUUCAUCAACGGGUUUCACACCAAAAAUAUCAUUGUGCCUCCUGAGUACAUAAAUCGCAGCAACGUCAACAAAACGGAUUUCAGCAUGGAGCUGUUCGACCUCUCUCUUGCUGACGAGGGAGUGUACAGAUGUAUUGUCUUGUCCAGUACUGACAAUUACAUCAACACCAAGUUUAAUCUCACAGUUACAGCCACUUACAGCGUUCCCAUCAUCACUGUCCAGAGUUGCGACAAUGUCCAACCUGUCCAUAACUGCGUGAUUGAAUGCUCCUCGUCAGGAGGAUAUCCUCUCAGCAAUGUAACCUGGGGUGUGGUUGGAGACAAGACGGGCAGCUUGCUGAGGGACAAAGGGGACCCUCCUGUGUUUAAGCAGGAUGCAGACUCGCGCCUUUGGACCGUGUACCAGAAUGUUACAAUUCACUGCAAUCAGCUGCUUCACAUCACCUGCUCUGUUGGGGGAGUCAUGUCCCAUGUUUUCAGAGCGUGUACUCCUCUUUUGUAUCAAAUCUAUUUCUGUUCUAACACGGAUUAUUGA